AUGUCCUUGCCGUUCAACCUCUCCUACAUCAUCCUCACUCCCAGACAUGUGGCACUACCCGGUCAAAAAGUAGCGCCUGGAGCCGGAGCUUCCCCAAGGAAAAAGAGGUCGACAGUGAGCCCAGGAAGAUGGUUGGGUCGACUCGUUAUGAAGACCAGAUCUUUUCGAUACCGCAAAUACAAAUACUCCACAAACCCUGUCACCAAACCGCUCUUGGAGCCUCAUGCACAUGACGCAGACGUAGUAGACGACUUUCUGAUGGGAGGCUGCAACGAAACUCCAAUACGAGAUGUUCAUGACCUUGACAAGACAGAUGACAGCGGAGACCCGAAUGCGACAGUGGGAACGGCGGUGCAGGUGGGAUCUUGA